GGCUUGAGCUCAGUUAUCACCGAAUCAGGAGAGUAGCACUCCGAGCUUGUGAAUGGCGAGGGAGCGUGGUGAAAUCUUGUAUGGGAUUUAUAGAGCCCUGAUGUACGGCAUUUCGCCGCUGUUAUACCUUCAUCUGCGGUGGCGCAAGCGCCGCGGCCUCGAGCAUCCCACCCGGUGGCGCGAGCGUCUUGGCCGUCCUUCUCUCCCUCGCCCCCCCGGUCCUCUCGUCUGGUUCCAUGCCGUUUCUCUAGGCGAGUCUCUCAUUUUGAAACACACCUCACUGGUGGAGUUGGAUUGAAUACCUGCCUCCUGGAACAGACGCGAAUAUUUAAACGACGAGAGGAAAACUUAAUUCCUAAAUAAAUCUUAAAAAAUCAUUCAAAAUCUAAGUUGGGAUCACUCCAUUAUCAUCCGUAUCUCGGUAAUGCAGUAAUGUUUAAGAGUGAAAAAAAUGAACUACUGAAUGAAUUUUAUAGUAUGAUUUAGUUUCUCCUGUCUGAACUAUUGAUGUUUGUAUGUUAUGCCUAAUGGGGUUGGUUGUCCAUAUUGUCAUUGUUUGUUGCACUGAUUUUGAAAAUAGGGGAGGGUCUGGCCGCAAUUUCAGUGAUCAAAUGCUGUAUUGAGAGGAGGCCGGAUGUAACUGUUCUAAUGACAAGUACUACAACAUCAGCAUUUGGAGUAAUAAAGAACCUGCUUCCAAGCAAUGUUAUAUAUCAGUUUUGUCCACUUGACAUUCCUCAAGUCAUUGAUGCCUUUCUCUGUUACUGGAGUCCAACUGCAGUCGUAUUGAUGGAAAGUGAGAUUUGGCCAAACAUUGUUAUGUGUGCUGCAAAACAUGGGAUGGCAUUGGCAUUGCUUAAUGCUAGGAUGUCUAGAAAGUCUUAUCAAAUGUGGUCUCUUCCAGUCAUACUUCCAUUGACAUCAUUAUUGCUGUCAAAAUUUUCACUUAUUGUCCCACUGAGCACCACACAAGGAAUCUAUUUUCAGCUGCUGCAGGCUUCACCUUUUAUCAUUAAAUUUUGUGGUGAUCUAAAGUAUGCUGUAGAGAACUUUGAAACUGUUGAAAGACACCAUAGUUUAUUGAAUGAUUUGAAGCUACAGCUUGCUGAGCGAAAGAUGUGGCUGGCUUCGUCCAUUCACAAAGGUGAAGAAGAAGUCAUGAUAGAAGUCCACAAAGAGCUAAAGCAAGUAUAUCCUGAUAUAUUGACUAUCAUUGUGCCUCGGCAUCCACAGCACGGGAAAGAAAUUUAUUUGGGGUUGCAGAAAGAACACUUGAGUGUAGCCUUAAGGUCCCGUAAUGAUAAAAUUAUGCCAGAAACAAACAUUUACUUGGUUGACACUUUAGGUGAACUCAGAAUGUUCUACACACUAACCCCAAUAGCUGUAGUUGGGGGUUCUUUUAUACCUGGUUUGACUGGUCAUAACAUUUCAGAAGCAGCAGCAGCAGGAUGCGCUACUCUGACAGGCCCUUACAUUGGGCACUUCUUAAACAUGGCAAAGGAGAUGCAACAGUUUAAUCCUUUAUCAGUUCGGCAGAUUUCUGAAGAUGGCCUUGUAGAAGCUCUGAGAGAGCUCCUUGAUGAUGAGACUAUUCUUGAAGCGCACCGUGUUGCAGCAAAACAAGCUUAUCAAGCUCUAUCUCACGGGAUCAUUGAGAACCUAUGGCAUGUACUAGCCAUCCACAUUUUUUAGAAAACAAGGUGGAAAAUACUGUUUUCUCUUGGAUAAACUUUAGUGCUCCAGCUUCCGGGGAGCGCGGAGCAUUCAGUGUUCCUGGUGCUGUAUUAUGUCAUUAGCAUAAUUAGUUAAUUUGUUACUGUACAUCGUGAAGCAGUGUAAUGUUUUCAUAGGUAGAAACCUCAAAAAAAAACUAGGGAGAGGUCCCUAACCCUAGUUCUACAAUUACUACGUAUAACAAUUAUUAGAAAUUGUGUGACAUACAUACAUAUGUGUGAAUAAUACAGACGUAUGUGUGAAUAAUACAGAGUACAGACAUAGUACUCCAUAUAUUCUAACCUUAUAUUUAUACAUAUACUAUUGACCAGACAUUGUAUGGUAAACAAUUAUUUAUUUACAUUG